ACAAGGAGAGCAAGUACUCCUCGCUGCUCCGGCCGGGCUCCAAGAAGAACAAGGAGAACAAGGAACCCGAGACGGUCAUCAACUACCGCACCGUCGACCGCCUCCACGACCGCAUCUCCGACCGCUUCAUCGACCCGCGAGCCGAUCCCAGGCUCCUCGUCGACCCCCGCAUGGCCAUGGACCCUCGCAUGGCCAUGGACCCCCGCAUGAUGGACCCCCGUCUCUCCAUGGACCCCCGCCUGGCCAUGGAUCCCCGGAUGGACCCCAGGCUCCUCGAGCUCGACCAGGAGGCGCGCGUGGAGGCCAAGGGGGCGUCGGAGGGCUCGCGCCUGCUCCUCGACCCCAAGCCCUCGUCGCCCGAGUUCAAGCCGAAGCAGGAGGGCAAGUUCGAGGGCAAGUUCGAGGGCAAGGAGGUGCGCAUGGAGCCGGCGGGAAGGGAGGCUCCCAAAGCCAUCCGGGAGCCGAGUAGGGACCGCGCCGGUGGAGGCGAGAGGGGAGGGAAUGGCGGAGGAGUAGCUGGAGGAGGAGGCGGCGGAGGCGGCGGAGGGGACCUGAGGGAGCGCCUGGAGCGCCUGGAGGCACGUCUCGGCCGCUACGAGCCCGACGGAGGCCGCGAGAAGUUCGUGGAGCGCUACGUGGAGCACGUGAGCCGUGAGAGGGAGCACAACGCCAGGGAGCACAGCGCCAGGGAGCACAGCGCCAGGGACCGAGAGCAAGAAAGCUGUGGCCCCGCUCCCACACUCGAGAUGGUUUCCAGGCGCAGGAUCUUAGGCCGCUCACAGGACAACAUUCACCUCGACAAUUACCAAGAGGAGGAAGAGGAUGUUUACUACACGAAGGAGCGUCUUCUUAAGGAGCACAUUCAGGAAGUGCUGAUGAAGUGGGAGCAAAUCGACGACGAGAUCUGGUCCAAGGUGAUCGUCCUGGAGCGCAACCGCCGCGUCGCGAAGGCCUACGCCCGCGCGCCCGUCCUCACCGUCAACGGCUCCGAUGAUGGCUUCGAUGGAUACAGGAUUGGACUUUGUGGCUUCGAAAAUCCCAUGAGAGAUCCAAGGACAGAUGAAAUCAAGAGACACAUUGGCCAUGGCGUGAAAGUGAAGAUGGACGACCAAGGCAACAUCCUGAUCAAGCGCGUGUCCAAGGCAGGCGUUUACGUGAAGAUGACGAGCGACGACAACGCCAUCAGUAACGACAUUCUAAGGCUGCCUAACCUCGGCUUGGAGAACGAAAAGCCUGUUAUGCUCUUCGACAUGAACAAAUUCCAGCAGAACGUCAAACGCGAGAUGCGCCGCCAGUACCCGGACCGCUCCAAGCUCGAGACCCAGUGCGUGUGCCUCAUCGCCUUCGUCAAGAAUGAGCAGGACAUCUUGGACUGCCCGAUCUGGGUCAUGAUCAUCAACAUCGUCGCCAUGGAUAUGCUCAAGUCUAAGCUGCCUCCAGUGAGGGUCCUGCCAAAUAUCAGGAACCGCCCGCGCAUUCCCAUUCCUGACGAAGAUCCCUACAGCGUGGCAGGAGGAUCCGGUGCUUCCUCAGGAUCCUCAGGCAAGGACCGAACUGGCAAGGACAAACCACCCAAGCUACCCCCAAGGGACUCCCCCAAUCACCCCGUCCCUGGCCCUCGACCCAACGGCAAGUCCGACGCCCUGGAUGAGAACGCCUUCCGCAAGCUGCAGUCUCGCAACAAUAACAACAACAACAACAACAACAGAUCCCAGGACCGCAAGUAUGACGACCCAUACUACUGCGGUUUGAGAGCCCGCAUCCCCAACUUUGCCAAGCCGAAGUCGAAGGAUAAGCAGGAUGUGGUUCGUGCCCAGUACCCACCCCCCGUUCCUGCCCACCCCAUGUGGCACACUCGGAGCUUCGAUUCGGGCAUGGACGAGCGAAUUUCCAAAAAUUCUGACUUCACCGAAUCUGCCUACUCCCACAUCUACGGUCGGCUGCCACUCCCAAACCGGGGCUACCUCCCCCCACCCCCGCCCCAUCCGCGUGCCAUGUACGUGGGGGAGUGGGACUAGAGGUCAAGAAAGGUCAUGCAAGAAGGAAUAAUAAUAAUUUAAAAAAGAAUAUAGAAGAAUAAAUAAGAAGAAUGCCAUUUUCAAGAGGAUGUUCGCCGAUCCGUUUCGUCUCGAGCGGUGUUUCGAGACAGGUUUCCCCGAAGCCUUUUGUUUUAUUGUCAGAUUCUCUGUGACCUUACUCUCGCUCGGGGGUUUAUAUCCGGACUUCUUUUUUUUUAAUAUUCUGAUCACUCGAAAAAAAGAAGCGGAAGUAAAAAAAAGAGAGAGAAGAAGAGCAAAUAUAUAAAUAUACAUAUAUUAUUAUUCUCGCUAUUAACUUCUCGUCUGUCUAAUUUUCCCGACGAAAAUUAAACUGACUUGAACCAGAAAGAACUUGCAUGUGGGUAUAGGUGCUUAAGGAAUACACCCCUUCCUUUAUUAAUGGAUUAUAAAUUGUUGCAUCAUGAUACUGAGUCCCCCCCCCUACCCCAUCACUCUCUAUUCUCCCCCCUCCCCCCGCUGCCCUCCAGACACACGUUUAGGAUUUUAUAUAAUGCGUCUGUAUGUCAGUGACCCUAUCAGCUAUUCUGAGCCGGACGGUAGUACUCAGCGGAUAUUAUUUUCUGCGUGUUGUAAAUAGGAAAAUGAGUCUUAUGAAGAAUGACACUAAGGUUUGUCGGCUCAAAGUCACUGAUCUGGUCACAAUUUUGUACAUUUACUCAUAGUUUUUUUUUCUUCUUCUUCUUAUCAGAUAUUUUAAUAUGUAAAUUUUCGGAGCCUUGCCGUGAAUGUAGACGCAGGCGUGGUACAUGUGUGGUACGGUUGAGAUGAUUACCUUUUUUUUUCUCUCUCUUGUAUUGAAAUUCUCCUCAGGACCUUUUUUUAAUGUAUCCCGUUUUCGGUCUUUCUCUGCUGUUUAAUUUUAUCACUUCCUCUCUCUCCUCCCCCCCCCCCCCCCCACACACACUUUCAUCAAGGUCCACAUUACAUCCGUCUGUACAGUGUCCGACAUGUGUUAAUUACUAACUUUUUUUUAAUUGAAGUUUGAAUGGGAAUAACCUCCCAUUUUCGCCAGCCAUAUUGGUUGGUUGAUGAAGUGUACAUACUUAACUGACGAAUACCAUUUAAUUGAUCUAAGUGAAUGCGAAGACAAGCGUAUGUGUACAUGUUUAUGUUUAUGUGUGUAUACGUAUGUGCAAGCGUGAUUCUGCGUACUGAAGACACUGUACAUCCCAGACCACAAGAUGCCUUUGGGUUAUACACUGUCGCAGUAACCGGGAGAGUCUUCAAGAGCCAGCCUAGAGAAAGGGCUUCAUCGCAACCCCCACCCCUCUACUCGCUCUUUCCUACCCCAGAUACCUCCCCCUCCCCCCAUCACCUCCUUUGCAACCAGCCCUUCUCUUGCCCUCUGCAACAUCACCUGUCAUGUGGAUCCAUCUCUCGCAUCCUGACUACCGGAUGCUCCCUCCUCCACCCGUCCCAACCCAACUCCUCCUUGAACGCUUGAAGGAAGACCUGUGGGGGCUCUGCGCUUGGCUCCCUGCUCGUGGCUCUUCUGGCUCGUCUCCUUGCCGCUGCUCCGCCUCAAGGAGGACCUUGAUAUUAGUCUUUAAUAUUGACUCUAUCCACCGUCUUUUCUUGAACUUAUUAUUGGACAUCCCUCAAGAUUUAUGUGUUUUUUUUUAAAGAAGUGAGCACUGUCUUUAGAGAGGGGAUAUAUGUAUAUAUAUAUAUAUAUAUAUAUAUAUAUAUAUAUAUAUAUAUAUAUAUAUAUAUAUAUAUAUUAUAAUGUCAUAGCUUCAUGUCUGUGAAGUCAACUUUUUAUUUGAUCAUGACAAGCCAGUGGUCUCAAAGGUUCCUGCUAAGCCUACACCUCUUCAGUAAAUUGUACAUAUAGAAGCUACGGUACUUGAGCAGUUAGCUUUGAAACCUCUUGUUGACUGAAGACGAUGUAUUAAAAGUUAGAAAUGAUAAGUUCAAGAAAUGUAACGACAGUGUUUAUUUUCCCGUUUUGAAUUUAUUUGCCUUUGUGGUUCACGAUGAUAUUUAUAUACAGUGAUUGAAUUUUUUUAUUGUAAAUUUCCAUAUGACGUUUUUUUAUGUAUAUUCACAUGAUGAUUAUUUUUCAUGUUCUUUUUUUAAAUUGAAGUUCCAAUUACUCAAAUGUAACUACUGUACAUGUGAUUAAAUAAUCAUUAUCAUA